AUGACAGCAGAGAUUACAGGCGUAAGCGUGCCCAUGGCAGUCAAUGACACUGCAGCAGUUGAGGAAAAGAUCGCGCAGUGCUUACAGAUGCUUGCAGGUAAAACGGAUGAGCACAAGUUUGCCGGUCUGCUCAUGAUCACAAAGCUGGGAGACCUGCCCGCCGAGCAGUCUCAUCAGGUUCGACGAGAAGUGCUCGCGACCGUCGGUGUGAGCUUUUGUAUGCGCCUCUUGUACACUAGAGGCCCCGAUGACGUUGAGACGCUCUCAUCCUUUCAGAGCCUUGGGAUGAAUUUAAUAGCGAGCUUCUGCGCGGAUCCGAGUGUGGCUACACAAUUUGCACAGGAAAAGCUUGUGCGAUUUCUUUUGGAGCAGCUGGUGUCGCAGUCGAUGCCGUAUGACUCUUCUUUGGACUGUGUUCGUAUUCUAACAGGCAUUGGGCAGACUGAAAAGGGCCAAAAGGUCAUGAUCCACGAGAGCGUUCUUGGACGUCUUUUUAGUACGAUGAAGAAGCUGAGCCGGUUGCGCUCAAAUCAAGACCUAAUUGCAGAGUGCAAGUCAGCAGAGCACGAAGAGCAAUUAGACGCGCUUUUGGAAAAGCUUUGGGAGGUUGUCGAUGGAAUGGCUAGUAAGCCUCAACUUUGGGCGCGUAUUCCCAGCUAUGACUUUGAGUUUAUAUGCUCCAACUUUUCUCAUGUACGGGGGGACACUGCUAUUCAAGUGCUGUCUAUCUUGAACAGCUACAUGAGGUUGAUCGAGAUUGGCGACGCCUCGAUGGAGCUUCUCAGCUCCCGGUGCCUGUCUGAUAUUCGGACAGGUGUACUACGUUUUCUACGCACAAAGUGGCCCCAUCAGGAACGAAACAAAUGCUUGCGACUUAUCUUCCAGCUAAUGCAGCACUCGGGUACAGCGUGGAUGCUUCCGGGCACUACCCUUCGCAGCCAAGCUCCACCUGAGGAAGUGUCCGGUGGCAAAUUUAUUCUGUUCCUACUGAAACUUGUGUCUAUUGAGAUUAAGAUCAUGCUGGAUGAGGUAGAGCUCUCGCUAGUUCAAAUCGAUGAGACCAAGGUAGAGAAUGUCGAGGAGGCGAAGAGACGUACAAAGGAGAUUGAACGCGUACUCGCAAUAUUGCCCAUUUGCUACGGCGUCGUGGAAAUGGUUAUCAGCGGUCUAGUUUCUAACUACGAGAGCGAGCUCGUGCUUCCUUACGACAUCCUGCUGGAGAUGAAGGGUGCUUUUAAUCAGAUAUUCGUGGUGGUACUCGAGUUGCUAACGCUGGUUCGCGACUACGUUCAAACUCAUCGCUAUCGUGAGCUCCGUGAGUCGCACGCAGAAUCGGUUUAUCAUCUGGAUGCUGUAAUCUGCGCUAGUGUGCGUGUUGUGAGUGCUUGGAUCGCUGAGGAUUCCGAUACAAGUGUGGAUAUGGUGAUUCAGUUGGUUCCGUUCAUGGUGUGCUACAAACCAUUGCUGGCCUGGGUCGCAGAAGAUGGAGCCCAGCCUUUACAAUCUGGCAGCAAUCAGUUUGUCGAUUCAGACGACGAGAUCGACUCGGACGAUGAAGUGGAUGCUGUUUCUCAAAUGAUGCAGAACGCUGCCGUAAUCCACAAGACAGACAGUAGUAUCGACCAACUGCACUUCCUGCUACCAGGCUUACUUCAGCUCAGUGCGUUGCCAGAUGGCGCCUCCAUCAUGUCGGAAAAUGUUGAUGUUCUGCGGCGUUUGAUGCAGUUUUGCUGCAUUAUAUGUGCUGACAUUGCCGAUGGAAAUACUGAAUUUGCCAACGUGUCAACUCUGACGCUAUGCCUUGGUAUUUUGAUCAAUCUCAUUCUAAUUCGUGGCGGAAACGAAAGCACCGGGGCGUCGCAGACGUCAGGUGUACCAAACGCUUCUGAGUGGUUUCGUGCAUUAACGUUCCUACUGCCUGUUGCGUGUGCCAGUGGCUCCCGGUUAAUGGCCGACAAGAACCUUACAGCAGAAAAUCGAGGUGAAGACGACCGCUAUGUGAUGCUGCUGCAUGUCGUCUGUGUGGCCGAGUCAACAGCUGAUCUAUUUGAGCUCAUGCGAGUGUUAUCGAUACGGUCGAUUCUAACACCGGAGUUGUUAUCUCGGUGA